AUAAAGAGAUCAAAACAGCAACAUGAUAAGCUUUGGGUUGGUACUGUGGCCACGCAUUACCGGUAUAGUCCAUCACACGAUCGCACAUGGUUUGCGUAGGCGCAAUCGCGUAUUUAGUCCCAUCAGAUUUGCUCGGAAUCGCCAGCUAAAACGUGAAUAACUGUUGUCCAGUUACUCUCUAAUACAUACGUUGGCCAGGCCAGGAACAAGGAUUCUGGUCUCCGUACGGAGCAGUGUCAGCAACGAUAAAAGCGAUCCAUCUCACCUUUACCUUGGUUAAAGGGUAUCUGGGAGGUCGUGUAGCCUUACUUUUCACCGGUUAUCUUUAGUCUGCCCCUUCGUCUCAUUUCUAGGUGACCUUCUACCAGCCGCCAGGGCCACCUCCUGUUUCAACGGUAAAAGAUGGCUUUGUUAACGGUGGCUUCGUCUAGCCGUGGCCUGGUGACCUUCGUGGCUCAGGCGAUUGGCGCUGCCUCAGGCCGAGCAUUUGCUUCCGAGGCCGCAAAGCAGCCACCGUCAGCUCCUAAGCGCCAUACCUCCAUUGUGGAGCCGUCCUACACGUACAUGCCUCCUGGCUCCAGCAUGCGCGAGCCCCUUUACUUCAGCACCUCUGAUCCUGUUUACUUCGUGGACCCAGUUCCAGAUCCGCAAGCCCUGGAGCAGGCUCAGGCUAAGGCCCCUGCUGGCGAGGAGAAGGCCAAGGCCAAGUCCCCCAGUGAGCCCGUCAGUGUGAAGAAGUUUGACUUCUCCUCAAUUUCCGGCAAGAACGCCGACGAUGGGCGGCCGGUGAGUUACAAGAUGGCGGAUGACUUCUCCCAGCAGGCCUACGUCGUAAACCCCAGCACCCACAGCAUGCGGGAGCCCAAGUCUGUGUCGGUCUCGGAUCCCAAGUACCCGCCAGCCUCCGGAAAGCCAAAGUAGUUGGUUGCAUGGCAGCGUAGGUUGGGCUUCCUCUCUUUCAUUCAUUGAAAGUUUGUAUAUGUAGGGGCGGUCGGUGUGCGUCCAUGCGUCCAUGCAUCCUUUAAUCGAUAAGUUUUGUCGGCCUGGUGCCAAGGCAGGGAUUGCUUUGGCACUCGCCUGUUAGCUGGUUGCGGGGCGAUUGGAAUGAACGUUAGGGAUCAGGAUGCGACGUUACGCCGCGAGGCUGUACACAAGAACUUCUAGGCUUUGUAGGAUAUGUGGCUGCUGGAGCGAACGAAAGUACGGAUAGGAGUAUGAGUGCUGGCUGGCUUUCAUGAGGGACAUUUUGGCCUUCGCAGGGCGCUGCUGCCGUUUUGGGGUAUCAACGACAUCACCCGGCAUGCUUGGUGUUGUGGGUCUUGCGGGCCCAAGGAGUUGACGGCAGCAGUGCGCUUCACAAGGGCACAGCUUCGAGCGAAUAAGACUGGCGUGUUUGACUGGUGUGUUGAGGAGUGCUUCUUUUGUACGAGGACUGUGUGUAGCGCUUUUGCAGGGUGUUGCCAUGCAGGGGCAAUGUGAGGUGGUCGAUGCUGAUGCGCUCCGUACCGUGGGAUACGGCCGGACCCUUUUUGCAAGCAUGCAUGUGUUGCUUUCGCCAUGAGCAUUGCUCUUCGCCCUGGAUGACGGACUGGCUACAGACAUGACAGCGCGUACCUAAUGCC